GCUAUAAGUAGACUCGGAAAACGAGGAUACAAGCAGUGAGCGGUCACUUCCAAUAGGACUUGUUGCUCUAGAGUAGAGGUGCGAACAUUCAAGCGUCAGUGCUCGUCAUGAAGAGGUCUCCUAAACUCGCGCUCCCCAUUGUAGUCAUCUCAGUGCUGGUCGCUUGCAGUCCAACGGAGGCAUGGUACAAGCAGGUGGCCGGCCCAACCUACUACUCCGUAGGCAGGGCGUCCGGUUUGCUGUCCGGUAUUCGGAGAUCAGCUUACGUGAGGAGAGAGGAGCCGCACCAUGCAGACACUGACGAGUCCGCAACAAACAACGUGUUCUCUGAGAUCCCGGCGUCCAGUUCCUUCUUGAAGACGAUGCCUGUGUGUAUAAAAGACAUUACACCAAACCUGCAGAGCUGUGAACGCAUCCAGGACAUCAAGGCUUCAUUUCGGUGCAAAGCCGAUGUCUUCCUCUCUCUGGACUCGUCAGAUUGUGAAGCAGACUAAGCAGCAAAGCCAACAGCUGGGAUAGAUGACCAAGCAUACUUCUUGCAGGACUGACAUUUUAAAACUGGACAUUUUAAUAGGUGUUGCACUAGAGACGCUACUCUUAUGAACCAUUUGACUAGAAUAAACCUGCUCUAAAUUUUUACGCUUGAAAAGAAAUGUAUUAAUGUUUGAGUUUUCUUGAAUAAAGUAUUUCAUCCUUGUUCAGUC